UUUAACAUGUGAUUGUCAUUUUAAAGAAAUCUUAUUUUAAAAAAAAAUAUAUUAUUCCUCAUAUACAAAUCUAUAGUAUUAUUUUUCCCCCAUUAAUAGUUUAUUGUAACAACAUCCCAAAAUGAAGGCCAGUGCAGACAGCCGCAGUAGUAUGAAAUCCUCAAGAAAGUCCAAUUCAGGCAUGGCGGAACUGAAUAAAAUCAAAAAUGUCAAGCAAGAUAAGAAAAAACUCAAUACCGAGCAGACGGGAAGCCAAAAAAGUUCACAAUCAGGGGAUCAAGAAGAUCCAAAUUUUUGGCUGCAAGCUGUACCGAGCGAAGACUUCAGGCUUAACAGUCCCUCCCUAAUCAAUCCGUUCAAAUUCAUUGAAGAAAUUGAACAAACCAAAAGAGAUUUAAUAUAUAAAAAAAAUGUAAAACAGUCGACUGAAAACAGAAAAUUGUACCAGGAGAUGCAAAGGGUCACAAAAAAAGUCUUAAUAAAUAAAGUCGCUCAGGAUGCAGGACCUGAUUGGUUUCAAGACUUAUCCUUUGAACAAAUGGAUUUAGUCAAUGAUCUUCAGAGGCGAAUGCUGAGCGAUCUUGAAAGAAAAUCAAUCGAUGAAGUCCAAGAGUUUUUCCACAAGUUAGGCAUCAUCCCUUAUGUAGAUGGGACAGAAGUGUGGAGAGCAUUAAAACAGUCUGAAGGAGAUCCGAUACGAUUUUUAUUUUCAAUACAAAAAGUCAUUUCAGCACGUGAGCAGGAGGAAUUUGAGAAAGAGUACAGCUACCUCGAAGAACACAAUAUGCCAAGGGCGAGUUUUUCUGUAAACGAACGACUUAUCCUGUCAGCGGUUUUCCAUUACCAUUUUCCCUUGUUCACCGAGCAGCUAAAAAAACUACUACCUGCGAAGCCAGAGAAAUCGUACGUGCUCUGGGGGAAAAAGAAGCCAAAGCCGAAGAUGACCUACGAAUCCCCAUACCUCGAGCCAAUGCCUAUAAAUGAGAUGUGCUGGUAUGAGGAGAAGGCCGAGCGGGACUUGGAAAAAAAGGUGCUCAAGAAGAUGAAAGAGCAUGGCAGCCCUAUCGUAAAGAAAGACAGGUUCUCAAAAUAUUCAAUCCCACUGAUCGAAGCGGGGAAAGUGUUGGCUGAAGCCUAUGUCGCAAAUAUCUCGCUGUCAGAAAAGAAAAAGAGAAAAAAAAGACGCCAGGAGGUAUUGAAGAAAAGUAAGGAGUCAGUUAUGUCAAAGGACAGCUGGGAGAUCAACUGUGAGCUUGAAUCAAUGAUGGACUCAGAGGAAAAAUUUUUUGAAAAGUACUCAAUAUCCGACAAAGAACUGUUAGAAGGAGGAGUGACAGUAAAGGAAAGUAAAAUAUCUUUGCAUUCUAAGAAAGUGAGUGUCGCACCACCAAAUCUUAUGUUCACUAUGAUGUUUGCGAAACAAACUCCCAAGAAGUUAUCCAUUGGUAGCGUUGUGCAUUCGGAAGAAGAGAUCCUAGAAACUUUGAGGCCAAUUCUGGCGACUCACAGCGAAAUCGAAAUUUACAAUGACAUGUCGAACGACCCGACAAGGAUUUCUGGGACGAUUGUAACUUCGCAGAUUGUGGAAGGCCGGCUCGUGGAGACUCGCUCCCACGCAUCGCAAACAGUUUACACACCAGAAUAUGGCAUACUACGAAGGAUAAACAAAAACCUUUCUUACGACUAUCCUCCAAAGCGAACACCCUCAGUGCGAACUCUAAUUACAAAUGUUGAAAUGGAGUCUGGGUUUAUUACACAUGGAUAUUUUGAUUAUAUGCAUCCUUGCCCUGAGCAAAUAUAUUUGAAGGGUCUUCUUAAGGAGAUCAGAUACGAUAUGGACUACUUGUUGAAGAUUUCUGCGUUGCAACAAGAAGAUUCAUUGAUUCCGACCGUGAAUGUGGAUUCGCUACCAAUCUCACACCAGGAGUCUCUUGAAUCAAGUUUAUUGGAAGUCGUCGGCUAUGAAGAAAACCCCAGCCAGCUUAUGGCCAAGUCUGUUUCGAUCCAGAGCAAGGGGACCAACACAGGAGCGUCUACGACUGAAGACAGCAUUAAUAAUCAUUUGGAAGAAUGCCCCCUGGACAAACGGCCGUUCAACGUUGAAUGCCAAGACGAAGAAUGCGGAAUCAUCGAUGACCCUGAUACGGAGAUACCGAUGGACGAGUACACUCUCGCUAGGCGUAAAAUAGCUGCGCUCCCUCCUGAAAAACAGCUAAAGGCUGCGGUCGAUUAUCUCAAAGACAGAGGUGAUGCCCUCGGCGUGCUUCCGGCUAUCGAGCAAGUACCGUGGCUGAUCCGUUGGUAUGAAAUAUACAGGGGCAUAAUGGUCGAUCUAACAGCUGAAGACAAAGAUCAACUGAUGGAGGAUAGCAUAAGAGUCUGGGACACGCCGUACUUCAAAGUAACACAUAUACCAAUCCCAGAAAUCCCCAUGAAGAAAGUCGUAACAUGGGAUAGAAUUAAGGAAGUCAAGGAAAAGGCAGCACAGCUGAAUCUCAAAUAUCAGCGCAAGGUGCGCCAGCAGAUGGUGACCAAUGCGAGGAACGCCUUCCAAUCGAUGAAGGUCGAGUACUUCAAGUCGCCGCUGAACCAAUCUUUCAGGAGGACAUAUUUUGACUAUGAGCCGUCCAAAGAAGCCGAUUGUUUGACGAUCAAGCCUUGGAAAGCGUCGGAGAAACACAACAAAGAGGACGGGCCAGAAUUCAAGCAAUGCGGGUCUUGCAAAAGACAACGCCUUCUCCAGGUGUAACGACGUACG